UUCCCUAUAAAAGCCCAGGUGGAAAACAGCAUCAACUUCUUGUGCUGCGAAAUGGAUCAAACCGGGGGAGGAGAGCUCGCACUGCUCUCCGACCGGGUCCUGGUCAACGGCACCGUAACGGACGUGACUCUGACCGGCGACGGCGUUGUCCGGUGGACGGAGGGCGGGAGCCAGCGUUGCCUGGAGGUGGACAAGGAGGUCCUCGGGUUCUCCACCGAAGGGCCGAGGAUCAAGAUCAGGGCCGUCGUCGAGGGUGCGAAAAUCUGCUGCCCCGGGAGCAGGGGAGCUCCGAUGAGGAAGACCUUCGUGUUCGAGCCCCAGUCGGAGGACUUGCUGAGAGUUUGGUGCCAGAAGCUGCAGGAUUUCAUCGAUUCUUUAGGUCGGCCAAAGAGGCUAUUUGUCUUUGUGAAUCCAUUUGGGGGGAAGAAAUCUGCAUCUAAGAUAUUCCUUGAUGAUGUGAAACCACUAUUGGAAGAUGCUAAUGUUGAGUUUACGCUGCAAGAAACAAAACAUCAGCUCCAUGCAAAGGAAGUUGUUCAAACAUUGGAUCUCUCUAAGUAUGAUGGAAUAGUUUGUGUCAGCGGGGAUGGAGUCUUGGUUGAGGUAGUAAAUGGACUACUUGAGAGAGAGGAUUGGAAUACCGCAAUAAAAAUACCUCUUGGAGCAGUACCUGCAGGUACUGGAAAUGGCAUGGCAAAAUCUCUUCUCGAUUCUGUUGGUCAUCCGUGUACCGCAUUUAAUGCAAUUCUUGCAAUUAUUCGAGGCAAGCGGUGUUCAUUGGACGUAGCUACCAUCUCGCAAGGGGAGACCAGGUUCUUUAGUGUCUUGACGCUUGCAUGGGGUCUGGUGGCAGAUAUCGACAUCGAGUCUGAGAAGUAUAGAUGGAUGGGCAGUGCUCGCUUAGAUUUCUAUGCUCUUCAGCGAAUAUUUCAUCUCAGGAAAUACAACGGGCGUAUUUCAUUUGUGCCUGCUCCUGGUUUUGAAGAUUACGGAGAGCCGAGCAGUCACAUGGGUGAAUUUAUGGGCCAAGAAAUCUGCAAUCCAAGCCAUGAUGAACCUAUGAAGGUUCAGCAAGGUAGCUAUAGAGGUCCCACUGUUGCAUUGGAGAGCUUGAAUUGGAGGAAGAUUGAUGGUCCAUUUGUUUCGGUUUGGCUCCAUAAUGUAACAUGGGGUGGUGAAAAUACCAAGGCAGCACCUGAUGCCAAGUUCUCAGAUGGUUAUUUGGACUUGAUCCUUGUUAGGAAUUGCCCAAGGUUAGCUUUGUUAGCACUGAUGACAGAACUUAAUAAUGGGAAUCAUGUCAAAUCACCACAUGUCUUGUACUUCAAGGUGAAAGCGUUUGUUUUGGAGCCCGGUCCAAGAACCGACGACGCAACAAAAGAAGGUAUCAUAGAUGUAGACGGCGAGGUCCUGGCCAGAGGAAAAGCAACAUACAAGUCCGACCAGAAGGCUCUGAUGGCAUAUGACAAGCUCCAAAUAACAGUGGACCAAGGUUUGGCUACUGUAUUUACCCCUCUUUGACAUUCACCAAUAACAAAAGUGGGUUUUAUGUAUGACAUUUCUGUUUGUACAGAGUCAUACAAGGAGAAUACAGGAAUAUAUGAUUUUAUCAUUUUGGUCUUUUCCCUUUUUACCCAUGAAGUUGUAUGUUAAAAGAAUGACUGCUAAAGUUCAGGGUUUGUUUUGUUCUUUUGUAAAAAUACUGUAUAAUUUUUGCCCAGGUCAAAAUAAGGUCUUGAGCCGAAGUUCUUGUA